AUGCCUCAAUGUGCCCCCCGAUCAGGCCCUGGAGUGCUGGGGUCGGGCGGGUGGUGGAAUAUCAGCAAGUCGCUCACCAAGGCAGCUUCGGGGUCGAACCGCCGAGCCUACUACAUGCGUACGGCGUUCACCGUGCCUGACGGGCCGUGCUUCUUCAACCUCACCCUCUGGAUCCUCGCCAACGAUGGCGCCGUGGUAUACAUCAAUGGAGUGGAGGCGGCACGCAUGAACGUACCCAAGGGUGCUGACUCCACCACCCCUGCGAGCUCCUGGGGCAACUGGAUUUAUAACCCGUAUAAUGUUCACGGGCAGUGGCUGAAGCCUGCAGGAACGCCAAAUGUGGUAGCAGUGGAGGUGCAUCUAUGGCAGCCUGGUCAGGACUUGUUCUUUGGGCUGCAGAUGGGUGGUAUUAGAGAGGCCGUUACGUGCAAACCUGCUCCUUGA